AUGUGCCAACAAUACUUCACCAUCUACUCCUGGUGCCACUGCGAGGAGGCCGCCGGCGAACACUACUGCACCGAGCGCAGCCGCGACAGCUGCCCCAGCCUCGACAUCAAGACGGUCCACAUGCAAUGCUUCUGCCACCUGCACGCCACGCGCGGCUUCAAGUCGGAGCGCAAGUGCCGCAAGCACGAGCGCAAGCAGGAGCGCAAGCGCCUGUCGAUGAUGAGUGCCUCCACGAGCUCCACCGGCAGCUCCGACGGCUCCUCCAGCGGCGGCUCCAGCAGCGAGAAGAGCUCGCUGGAGCCCCGCCGGCGCAAGUGGUACCAUUUCCACUUCCGAUCGCGCACGAUCUAG